AAACAAAUAAAACAUUAAGAAACUUGCCCUUUCCUUCCCUCACAGAUCAUCCUAGGGUUCCUCAAAAACAAAAACAAAAACAAAAUACUUUUUCUCUCCAUUUUUGCUGUGUUUCAGCUCCUUUUUCUCUUCCUCAACUUUGAUUUCUCCUUUGAAAUUAUCCCCAAAUCUUUCAUAAUUACCAUUUCUUGAGAAAAUCUUGAUUUGAAAUUAAAUCUUUCUUUAGUACUGGCUUAUCUCUUCCUCAGUUUCUCUGCCGACAUUUAAUCUAUCUGUCUUUCUCUCUCCGGGUUCCAAUCUUUACAGAUCGCGUAUCGACAGAACCCAAAAAAAAAGUCAAAAGAAGAAAAAAUGGUGAGAGGGAAGAUAGAGAUGAAGAAAAUAGAAAACGCAACGAGUAGACAAGUGACUUUCUCAAAAAGAAGAAAUGGUUUGCUGAAGAAAGCUUAUGAGCUAUCAGUACUAUGUGAUGCUCAAGUCUCUCUGAUCAUCUUCUCUCAGAAAGGAAGGCUUUACGAAUUCUCUAACUCUGACAUGCAGACGACGAUCGAACGUUACCGCAAACAUACAAAAGAUCAUGAAACCAGUAACAGCGACUCAGAAAUUUACAUCCAGCAAUUGAAGCAAGAAGCAAGCCACAUGAUCACAAAGAUUGAACUCCUUGAGUUUCACAAGCGGAAGCUAUUGGGUCAAGGAAUUGCUUCUUGUUCUCUAGAAGAGCUUCAAGAAAUUGAUAGUCAACUCCGAAGAAGUUUGGGCAAGGUCCGAGCAAGAAAGGCUCAGUUGUUCAAGGAGCAGUUGGAGAAGCUCCAAGCAAAGGAGAAACAGUUGUUAGAAGAGAACGUCCAGUUACGUCAAAAGACUGCUAUAAAUCCAUGUAGAGAAUCGACUGAACAACAAAAGAAAUUCAAAGUUAUAGAUCUGAAUCUGGAAGUACAAACUGAUUUGUUCAUGGGUUUGUCGGACAGACACGACUAACGACAUUAUAAUUUUUUUGUGUAUUGGUGAUAUUAUCCAUUGAAUGUUAUAGCCUUACACAAUUAAAGAGAGAAUAAUGUCUAUAUUCAAAAUCCAUUUAAUCCAUCAAAAUUAAUAGUUGGAUGGGAUUGGGUUACUCCAUAAAUUUUAACACAUUUUGACACUCUUACGUCCACAUAAAUAAAUUUAUUGAUUAUCGUGUGCU